AUCACGCUCAAUAUCAACUAUAAUUCAACAGAAUUACAAUACAAAGACAACCCUCUUCUUUACCUACAUACCUACCUAUUCAUUAUGUAUUUCAACCUGAAAUCUGCUUUCCUGCUCGGCCUUGUCGCCGUGGCUUCUGCAUCUCCCACCAACUCCGAGGUCUACGCCAGAAAGAUCGAUAAAGAUGUGAAAUGCGGAGAUGUCACUAUUGAGGCAUCCCAGAUUGGAGCAGCGUACUCUGAUGCCAUAAAGAAGGCGGACAAGUCGGUGGGCGGCAAAUAUCCCGAACCUUACCUGAACCACGAAGGACUCUUCAACAAGGCCCAAAACUUGAGGGAAUAUCCUCUAUUGCGAGAAGGACUCUGGAAUGGAGCUAGUAACACAAAAGGGAAAUUCCGUGUUGUCUGGCAAAAGAAGACGAAGAAGGUUGUUUACAAGGGAGUUAUGUAUGAGAAGGAUGUGGGUGCCACGAUGACCCAGUGCGUGGAGGUCGAGUAAGGCAAAGUCGAGUCAUUGCCCCUGCUUAGAAACUAGAUCUACGGUUGUUUUUUGCUCUUUUUUUUUUCUUACACUCGUUAAGUAUAUAUUGCAAUUCUUGGUACAUUUAGGAACAGUUAGAAUGUCGAGGUCGGAUACGGCAUUAGGAUAUGGCACAUAAAAUCAAAAUUUCUGAAUUACCUGGCGUAAA